AAGCGACGCCCAUUGUGUUGUUAUAAACCGAUGAUAAAAAAGUCAAGGAUUUCCUCCACGAGCUCAGCCAGCAGCUGCAGCCUUGUUCCACACGUCUCCUCCCUACCACCUUCCUGAAAACAACAUUCCGGUGAAAAUGGCCACAGCCGGUAAGGUGAUCAAGUGCAAGGCAGCAGUGGCCUGGGAGCCAAAAAAGCCUCUGGUGAUUGAGGAGAUUGAGGUGGAACCACCGCAAGCUAACGAGGUCCGCGUCAAGAUUGUGGCGACCGGUCUCUGCCGCACCGACCUCUUCUACCUGUAUGAGACCGACAAUAUGGAGCUCUUCCCGAUGGUCCUUGGCCAUGAAGGAGCAGGCAUUGUGGAGAGCGUUGGUCCCGGAGUCACCGAAUUUCAACCAGGUGACAAGGUGAUCCCCCUCAUCAUCUCCCAGUGCAGAGAGUGUCGCUUCUGUAAGAGUCCAAAGACCAACCAGUGUGAGAAAGCCUGGGAUAUUGUUCCUCACAAUGUGACUCAAGCUCCUGCCUCCAAACUAAACUGCAAGGGAAAGAAGUUGCUGCAGUUUAUGGGAAUCAGUACCUUCUCGGAGUACAGCGUGGUCAAUCAGAUCGCUCUCGCCAAGAUUCACCCUGACGCUCCUUUGGAUAAAGUCUGUCUCCUCGGCUGCGGGAUUUGCACGGGAUUUGGAGCCGCAGUCAAUGAUGCUAAGAUAGAACCGGGUUCUACGUGUGCCGUGUUUGGCCUGGGUGCCGUGGGCUUGGCCGCCAUUAUGGGUUGUAAAUAUUCCGGUGCCAAGAGGAUCAUCGCGGUUGACAUCAAUGCGGCCAAGUUUGACAAGGCCAAGGAGUUUGGAGCCACGGACUUUGUCAACCCGAAGGAUCACAGCAAAACCAUCAGUCAAGUGCUGGCUGAGAUGACCAACGGUGGAGUCGACUACUCCAUAGAGUGUGUUGGGAAUGUGGAACUCAUGCGCCAUGCGUUGGAGUCCUGUUUGCAAGGCUGGGGCGUGAGCGUGAUUGUCGGUUGGACCGACAAGUACGAUGUUUCUGUUCGUCCCGGUGAGCUCAUUGCGGGGCGCACGUGGAAAGGCUCCGUGUUUGGAGGUUUUAAGGGUAAGGAUGGUGUGGCUGAGAUGGUAAGAGCCUACCUGGAUAAGAAGGUGAAGAUCGAUGAGUUCAUAACUCAUAAGAUGCCUUUGGACCACAUCAAUGAAGCUAUCACAUUGCUGCAGGAAGGCAAAAGCAUCCGAACGGUCUUGAGUGCUCGUCCACAUUAAGUCAACGUAAUUGGUUUCAAUAACUUCGAAAAGUUCUGAUACUAUAUAUGUAUCAGCCUAUCCCAGCUGUCUUACACCCUGGACUGGUGGCCAGCCAAUCACAGGGCACAUAUAGACAAACAACCAUUCACACUCACAUUCAUACCUAUGGACAAUUUGGAGUGGCUAAUUAACCUAGCAUGUUUUUUUGGAAUGUGGGAGGAAACCGGAGUACCCAGAGAAAACCCACGCAUGCACAGGGAGAACAUGCAAACUCCCACACAGAGAUGGCCGAGGUUGGAAUUGAACCCGGGUCUCCUAGCUGUGAGGCCAGCACGCUAACCACUCGCGCACCGUGCAGCCCAUACAUAAAAAAACAAAAAAACUCCAUAAUUUUCCUGGCCUCGCUUUCUCUCUCUCUCUCUCUCUAUAUAUAUAUAUAAAAUUAUUAUAUAUUAUUAUAUAUAAUAAAAUUAUAUAUAUAUAUAUUCAAAAUUUUGCCAUAAUUUUGGCAAAUUUAUAUAUAUAUAUAUAAACUCCAUAAUUUUGCUGGCCUCUAUAUAUAUAUACAUAAAUUUUGCCAUAAUUUUGACAAAUUUAUGUAUAUAUAUAAACUCUAUAAUUUUGC